AAUGCUUGAAGAGUACAAUAAAGAAUGGAUGACUAAAGUUCUAAAGCUAUUAAAAAGACCUAUGGAAUGGUAUUUAAGAUGUGCAGUUAUGAGUUAUACACCUUCUGUUGAAGAUUUUAUCCUCUCAACAAGAGGAUUAGAAAUCUGUUGGGAAAAUUAUCUCUUAUUGGAAAGCUAUUACAUUGAUACAAAAUAUAAUGUAAGAGUUAUAUCAUUCGUUGAUAGAGCUUUUUCCAUGGUAGAAGACAUUGGUUCAGAAGUUGUUCAAUAUGAUUCACCUAACAAUCAGAUAAAGGAAGUUCUUGUUAGAAGUUAUAUAAGAAGGAAAUGUAUACUGAAAGCUAAUCAAAUUUUUCAUCAAGAUUUUUUGCAGUAUUACGGAAAUUUUUGUUAUAAUUUAGUAGAUGUUGAUGUUGUAUUUUCAUGGAUAAGAAUAUUCUUAGAGAUUGGAAAAGAGUUAAUGAAUAUGAAACUUUCAAGUUGGGCAUUAUAUCUUUACGCAACGGCUCAUAUGAUUGCCGAACACUUUUAUAAAUAUUUAAGAGUUGAAACGUUAACCCGUGAACAAAGCGAAUUAGCUGCAAUACUAUCUUAUAAUAACGCUUAUAUGAUGUUUAAAAUCUAUCGAAAGUUAGAUACCUGGAAAAGUAUGCUAGUCCAUUGCUAUUAUGCUUCAUUUCACGUAAAGAAAAAUUAUAAAGUAUAUAGAAAAGUACAAUAUUUUAUGGCUGUUUUAUGGAAAGAAGCUAAUCAACUCGAAAUGUCUCGAAGAUAUUUAAAGUUGGCUAAAGACCAUAAAUCGGAUAGCGAUGCUUUACUUGAUGAGAAAAUUGAUAAAUUUGAUAAAUAUUUAAGAAAAUUUAGUACUGAAAGAAGAUGGAAAAAAAACGAUAAUAAGGUUAUCAAUUUUUGCGCCGUUGUUAGACUUAUGCUCCUGUCUCCGAGGUAUGAACAUCAAGUAUUGACGUUGUUUGAUCUAUUUUAUGAUAGAUUGAAUGAAGACUAUAAGGAGCUUUUAUUGUUGCACGUUGCCAGAAUUUGUGCUAAAAUCGGUAGUUCGUGUCUUUUAAGGGAAGAUUAUAUGGAUAUAUCAGAAAAUGUAUACAACUUGGGAAUGAGAACUCUACGUAAUACUGAAGAACUAGAGUAUGUAAGGGAAAAGGUUGUAGCAGAGAUGAACGUGCUAUGUGUAACAUUUAGACAGAAUUUAGCGUCAACUAUUUUAAAGCUUAAUGAAGCGGAUGAUUGCCCCGAUCUGCUUGAGGAGGCAUAUGAACUACUUAUCGAAGCCUCCAAGAUUCCUGAUCUAGCUGACAGUAAGACGUAUUACCUAUUAGCUGUUAUUUGUGAUAAACUAAAUAAGACCGAAGAGGCUCUUUCUCAUGCUCAAAGCUCAAAAGCUUUCGAAGAAGAAAAAGUGAGACGAGGAGUUUCCUCUCAGAUCGAUAGCUCCAUCAACAAAUUGGUGUUGGAUUUAUUACAAAAGUUAAAUUCUUAG